UAGCAGCAGACAGCGCGGGGUCCUCAAACAGCCAUCAAACACGAACGCGUUUGGAGGGAGAGGAAGAAGGUCAGCAUGGUCCAGAAAAUACUCAAUAAGUUCAUCGGAGCCAAGUACAUCACUGUUCUGAGGGCAUGGGUACCAAAUCUGGCAACAUGGGGAGUAGUUGGCGGCGUGGCGCUCGUCCACUUCACGGACUGGCGAUUAAUUCUCGACUAUGUGCCCUACAUUAAUAAAAAGUUCAAAAAGGAUGAGUGAAGUUAACCCUAAAAAUCCCUCCACCAAUUUGUUUCUGCCGACACUUUCACCACCACCACCCCCCUCCCGAACCCCCUCAGUGGAUGUAGUCAUGUCAGAAAUCCUUCACUUGUCUCCUCAGAAGACUGUUUCCGGCCUCAGACAGGACGAAUGCCACAUUCUGACAGAUGUGUUUGUGUACGCUGUGCUAAUGAAUGGGCCAUGUGUCUGCCUACAGGACCAGAGCUUGGGAAUGGGCUCGUGGGUGGAUUGCUUACACAGCGCAAGCUUAAAGUGGGAUGCCCUGUCUCCACAAUCAGUCACUGAGGGCUUGUUAGGAGUUUGGAAGCCAGGAUGCACUCUGUAUAAAUGCUGUUCUUGAUCCAGUGUUGUGAUAUGUCAAUAAAUCUUCUAAUUUAC